CCAGGCCUAGUUGCUCUAUGCAUAGAGCGGCCAGACAAGGCCCCCGCCCCAGUCUGUCCCUGCAACUUGGUUCUUCGAGAGGGGCGAGUCGGCGAGUGGAGUUUGGGCAAUGGAGCAUUCGAGCGGCACCUCGCCGUCGCCGCCGGUCUUCCGGAACAGGUACUGGAUCCUCCGCCACGGCCGCAGCGUCCCCAACGAGCGCGGUCUCAUCAUCUCCUCUCUGGAGAACGGCACGAACCCGGAGUUCGGGCUGGCACCGAUGGGCGUCGAGCAGGCGCGCACGGCCGGCGAACUGCUCCGGAAGGAGCUUGAGGAAAUGGGUGUGCCAGUGGACUCUGUCAAGAUCCACUAUUCGCCGUUCUCGCGGACCACGGAGACGGCCAGAGUUGUCGCGGGAGUGCUCGGCAUCCCCUUUGAGGCUCCUAGCUGCAAAGUGGUCAUGGGACUUCGUGAGCGCUACUUUGGACCAUCAUAUGAGUUACUUUCACAUGAGAAGUAUGCAGAGAUAUGGGCAGUAGAUGAAGCACAUCCCUAUAUGGCUCCAGAAGGUGGCGAGAGUGUCGCAGAUGUUGCUAGUAGACUUUCACAAGUUCUGUCUUUUACGGACACAGAGUUUCACAGCUCUCCAAUUCUGUUUGUUAGCCAUGGGGACCCACUACAAAUUUUUCAAGCAGUACUCAGUGGAGCCAAGGAGAACUCAUCUUUCCUUGAAGAUGUAACUAACAUGAAAACGGAAGACACAACGGUGCCCUCCGUGUUAUCACAGCACCGCAAGUUUGCACUGCACACAGGAGAGCUGCGCCGGGUUGUAUGACUUGCUGCUGCUUGGAUUUAACGGUGCUAUCCAGCAGAUAAGGAUUUGUAAAUCUGCAAUUUUAGUCUGGUGCGUUCCUUUGCAAACCGGACAGGGAUCCGAAAGUGGACACAAUACAUAUUUAUUCUCCUAUGAAUAAAACUGACAGCUAUUUCCAUUA